UUGCUCAUCACCUGUGACUGAACAGACUCUGUCGUCAGUCUGUCGACAGUUUCGUUUCUCAGGACUUCUGCUCAAAACGCAGUCUGAGCCUCUCAGCGCAGUUUAAGACUCAUCAGGACAGAAAUAAUGGGCUCGGUGAUAGGCGCUGUAGCCGGAGCAGGAUUGGCUGCAGGUGCAAUGUCCCUGUUCCGUGUUGUUCUGGGCUUCAUAGGUUUCACCCCAGCUGGAAUAGCAGCAGAAUCUAUCGCUGCUUGGAUGAUGUCGUUCUUUGCCACACUAGGUGGAGGAGGAGUGGCAGCAGGAGGUCUAGUGGCGUUUUUGCAGCAUUUAGGUGCAGCCGGUCUGUCGUGGGCUGCGUAUAUAGGUGUAACCAUUGUUGGAGGAGCAGUGGGAUGGCUGACCAACCUCAUCUGGUAGAAUGGACGCAUGUACAUUCACCAUUACGAUUUGACCACAAUCAUUGAGUCAUUGUCAUUAAGUCUACUCAUAUUGUUUAUACCUUAAUGAGAAAAUACAAAAAAUAAGUAACAAUAAGAAAGAAAACAAAUAUAUUGCACAGACAUGUAUAAUGCUUAAUAUUAGUGCACCACAGCAUAAUGAAAAUAAUCAAUAGGUUUGGGCAGCACUUGGGUCACAUGGACUGUGUCCCACUGGGACAACAUUGAAAUUCACCACCAGCUUUUAGAAGUUUGCUGCAUUUCUGUCGUCCAUGUUUCUAAUGUUCAGGAAAUGUUUAUGACAUUUUUUUGUGGAACAACUUAUGUGAGAGUUACUCAUGUUCUCUCCAUGUUCUAAAAUCCUCACCUUGGCAAUAAAGAGCAAAGUUCUGAUCA